GGUUUUUUUUUUACUCACUGCCCUCACCGUACUGGAAGACAGACAGCCGCACACAACACAACACAACAGCAAACGCGACACCACCGUGCCAGAGAGUGGACUACUUUUUCUAGGUGUGUGCGUGUGUGUGUUUGUGUUGUGUGUGUGGUUUUUUUUUCCCUCUAGUUCCACAGCUAUUUGCCAGCAGCAGUUUCCCGUUUGGAUGUUUGUCGUCGUCAUCUUGGACGGACCCCCGCCCCGCUAGGAAGGGUUUUUUAGAAAUAGGCAAAGAAACCACCGACCGGGUAAAGGUGGUAACGACAACAAUAAGCAGCAAGAAAUAAGCAAUAAUACUAUCAACAGUAAGGACAUAGUUCUAGCCAAGCAUGUUUAACUUUAUGAAGAAAGGCGUUGCUGGAGUGGGUGGAGGAGGAGGUGGCGGCAGUGGCAACAGCAGCACGGGAAACGGAAGCGGAGGAGGUAGUACAGUGUCUUCCGGUGGGCUAUCCGUUAUUGGCGCCCUGUCCGGAAUGGACGAUCGCGAUGAUAAGGAUCGCCGGAAGAAGGAGAAAAAGCUACGGAAGGAGGGCAAACAGUUACUGCUAGGUGUGGGCAGUAUAUCCGGUGGCCAUUCCAGUAGUAUGAGUGCUGAGGAGCUGUUACGCUUAGAUGAGGUUCGUCGAUCGCUCAAGAUUCGUGGUCGGCGGAAAGAGAAGGAAAAGUUACCGAGUGGCAUUACGGCCGACUAUAGUGCGUCGUUUUUCGCCCAGCUUGACGUGGACCAUCGGGAACUGGAUCGUGGUACGGAGGAAGUGCUGGCCGUUGCCAAUACCACCACCUACAUUGACCGCAACGGUGAAAUGGUUGAGCGAGUAUCGUUCAGCAGCACUACCACGACACUACAGCCCACCUCACCUUCGUACGGUGCAGGAUCGGAUGGAUCGCAACCGCACACACCCGGUGGUACAAAAACGAACCUACCGCCCAUACCGCCAAGGCCACCGAAACGUGGCAUUCUGAAAGGGUCACGAUCGUCUCUCACCGGUAGCAGUGGAGGAAUGAUCGACAUGGGCACGGUAUCGUCCCCAUCAUCAGCUGCCAUGCUGCAGUUACUUGCAUCACCUUCACCGAGUGCAGACAGCCUUACGGACACAACGACGACGACCACCAACUCUUCCUUCGCAACACCUCCGUUUUCGUUAAGUCCGGUCGGUGAGUCACAGGGUUACGAAGGACGAAUCGGACGUGUACAUCCGUUCGAUGAGCGCGUAACGGCGAACGGGAGCGUUACGCUGGCGUUACCUCCAAUACAUCUACAACCUUUACCAGCACCACGGGAACUCGUCAUUCAACGGCAGAGAGGUCCACGGAACGAUUUUGGUUUCAGCCUCCGUAAGGCAUUUGUGCUUGAUCGUCCGACGGUCGGUGGGAUGUCUCUUUCCCGACCGGGUCCUCCCCAGAUGCGGGCAAUCAUUUUUGCUGAACCGAGUUCUACCGGUGCCGUGCGAACGGGGCUGUUGCCGGGUGAUCGAUUGCUGCGCGUAAACGGUCAACCAGUUGAAGAGCUAAGCCGCGAAACGAUCAUCGAGAUGAUACGGAACAGUGGUGAUUCGGUGUUGGUACAGGUGCAGCCCAUUGCGGAGCUUAUCGAACUGUCUCGACGCUGUGUUAGUGUGACUCCCAAUAGUGCACCGGUGGACGACUGUAAUACGCUUAAGCGCAGUGCCAGUCGUCGCUUUCAAAAGAUUCAAACAACGGCUAGCAACAGCGCAACAGAUCUGGGCGGAAGGAACGACCUCGAACCGAGCACCGUCGGUGGCCGGGUAUGGUUGAUCCAUCGGGGUGGUUUUACCGCGGCCUUCAAACAACAGUUGUCACCUUCGACGGUAGCGAUGCCUUCCCAUCAUCAGGCAGGAAAGGUGUGGAUCCGGCUCGAGGCUACCGGUGAAGAGUUGCUAAUCGACGAGGAUGACCUCGAGGUAGCGAACCCUAACUCCCUCGAUCUCGUGGAGGACGUCUGUCAGUUGCCACACCUGAACGAAUCGUCCGUUCUGCACGUUCUACGGCAACGGUUCGCAAACAAUCUCAUCCACACGCGUGCCGGUCCGGUGCUACUGAUCGUUAAUCCGAUGGCACCGCUCGCUCUCUACUCGGAAAAGGUGGCGUCGAUGUUUCGUGGCUGCAAAGCCGAAGACGAUAUGCCACCGCACAUCUUCGCUCAGGCACAAACGGCAUACCGGGCGAUGUUGGAGACACGGCGUGAUCAAAGUCUUAUCUUUCUCGGUCGUUCCGGUGCGGGCAAAACUACCAGCUUCAAGCAUGCCCUUUACUAUCUAACGCUGGCCAGCCGUCAGGAGCUGCAACCAUCCGUGCGGGCACUCACCGUCGAGAAGGUGAGCGCCAUCGGUACGAUAAUGGACGCGUUUGGCAAUGAACGAACGGCACUGAACGGGAAUGCAACGAAAUUUACGCAAAUUUUCGCACUCGACUUUGAUCACGGUGGACAGAUCGUGUCGGGUUCGGUACAGAUAAUGCCGAUCGAUCGUAUGCGCCCCGCCGGUGGCACUAAUCGUGGACGAUCAGGUGUACCACGGUGGAGUUUUCUUGCCGGCGUUGAUGGUGGAGCGUUACGGAAAGAGUUACUGCUUGAACCGGCGGCUGGUGAAUCAUCGCCGGGAAAUAAUGCGACCGUGGAACAGGAAUCAAUCGAUUACCAACGGCUUUGCCAAGCGUUCCGUGUGCUUAACAUCGAUCAAGCGGCGGUACGAGGCAUUUGGUACGUGCUGGCUGCCAUUCACCAUCUGUCCCAGUCGGGUGCGGUGAUAGUGGCGGGACGGGUACAAUUCGUUAAUCCACGAUCAGCACAAAAAGCUGCCAUGCUGCUCGGCAUACCGGUGGAAGAUUUACUGUCGUACGUUUUCCCGGAGAAUGGUUCGGGCGGUACAACGAAAAUGACGCUCAGCACGGCUACAGUAGUGGAGUGUUUGACCGCCUUUAUUGAAGCGCUUUACACCGAGCUGUUCUACACGAUUGUGGGACUUAUCAAUAAAUCGAUCGCUGCAGUAACGCCGCAUCAAACGAUCGGUUCGGUAUUGCUGGUGGAUGUGCCCGGGUUCCAGAAUCCGGCCAGCGUUGGUGGAGGUACUACCGCUAGUACGUUGGCCGAUUUGCGUUUUAACUAUCUGCAUGAGCGUUUGCAGUUACUGUUUCACAAUGCAAUGUUAGUGCAGCCGCGUGCACGAUAUGCACAGGAAAUGGUCACGGUGGAAGAUUCACUAGCAUUAAUGGCCACGGAUGCGGGUACUGGUGGCGGUGGUGGUGGUGGACACAGCAGUCCAGCUGCAAUGGUGGCCCUGCUCGAUAAAGUUCCCCAGAGCCAUGAGCCUCGCAAAGGUUUGCUGUGGAUGUUGGACGAAGAGCAACUGCUAAAUCCACAAAUGUCGAAAAGCGAUGGCACCGGGGGGGAUGAUUUUGACGACGAUGGUGUUGCUGGUGGCAGUGGAAGCGACGAGCGUGAUGGACGGUUUCUCGAACGUCUCUUUGCAUCGUACGGUGAUCGCGAGAGUCGUGAAACGUUACUGUUACGUGCCAGCGUACCGACCGGUGCGUGUGACGUGGUGCUGCAACAUCUGCUUGGUACCAACCCGGUACUCUACUCGGUCACCAGCUGGUUAAAGGAGGCGGCCGCCCAAGCACACUACAUGCCCCAGCGAGCGCUCAACUGUUUGCGUGACAGUGUGAAGCCGGAAAUAAACGGCCUGUUUGUGGGAACGCUUGGUGGAGCGAUGGAUUCGCUCGCGUUCGGCGGCGGUGGCUCAUCGCAGCAGUUGCAGCAACAGUCGCUUCGGCGUAUGAGCAGCAUCCGGCGCACGUACACCGGAACCGGAUUUCCCAAGCGCAACAGUGUGAUCGUGCAGGUGAAGUAUACGGUGGAUUGUCUUAUCGAUACGCUGCGACGCACGGGAAUGCACUUCGUGUACUGCUAUCUGCCACAGCACAACGGUGGUACGGCCAUGGCCACUGGCGGGUGCGUAUCGCUGGAGCAGCAACAUCAAUCAGCGACCGAAAUCAGCGGCACCCGACAACGGGAGGACGAUUUAAUCAACAUUCCAUUGGUCCGCAGUCAGCUCCGCGGUUCCCAGAUGCUCGACUUUGCGCGCCUUUAUCGGUUAGGGUUCCCCAUCAGUCUGCCCUUGGGAGAGUUUGUGAUUCGGUUUGGGUUGCUCGCGGAAGGUGGCACAUCCACCAGCACCGGCACGAAUGUGAACGGGGAAGCGGCAAUGGUUGAUAGUAUCCUGAACAACUGCGAAGUCGACUCGUCCGUGUACAGAAUUGGAACGAGCCAGGUGUUCUUCCGUUCCGGUGUGCUGGGUGCGCUUGAAGCAAAACGCGACGAUCUACUCUCCGAUCGGGUCAUACAGCUGCAGGCCCAUUGCCGUGGGUAUCUGGCACGGAGGCGGCUCGCCCGACGCCGUCUGCAGGAACUCGCCGUUAAAUGCAUCCAGCGCAAUGUGCGCGCCUUCCUGAAGGUGCGCGACUGGCCCUGGUGGCGGUUGCUUGUGCGCGUGACACCACUGCUCGCCGUCCACCGGACGGAGGAACAGCUGAAGGUGGCGACGGUCGAACUGCAGCAGGUUCGGGCAAAGCUGGAGAAGAUCGAAGCGGAGCGUAACGAGCUGAAGGCGACCAACCACAAGCUGGAGGCACGGCUGAGCGACAUUACAUCCGAGCUGACGGAGGAGCACUCGUCGUCCAAUUUGAUCACGGAACGGCUUGCUACGGAAACAUCGGAACGGUUGCGCCUCGAGAAGGAAGUAAAGGACUAUGAGUCCAAGUAUCGCAAUCUGCAGGAGUCGUCCGAAAAAAUGGAGAUGGAACUGCUGUGUGCCAAGUCGGAACUAAACUGCGACUUUGACGACUGCAGCACAAUCGGCGAGUACGAUGGUGAUGGUACGGAUCGGGACGGACUACCACUCGGUGGUGCUGAUGGUGAAGUGGCCAAAAGCUACCGCUUACGGUACGAACGAGUCGCCCGUGAGCUGGAGUUUACGAAGAAACGUUUACAGACGCAACACGAGCACGAUCUUGAACAACUCGUCGGUUUGAAGAAGCAGCUUGAAAAGAAACUAUCCGAUGCGUACGAGGAAGUCGAAGAGCAACGUCAGGUGGUUGCGCAAUGGAAACGAAAGGCACAGAAAAUGACGAAUGAAAUGAAUGAUCUGCGCAUGCUGUACGAGGAACAGAACAGUCGGAACAACUUGCUGGAGAAGCGACAACGUAAAUUCGAUGCUGAGUGUCAAACGUUACAGGAUAGCGCACGACAGGAGAAGCAAGCGAAAGAACGGCUCACCCGCGAGAAAGAUGUACUGAUGGCGGAGAAAUGUAAACUAGAACAAACCGUAUCCGACAUCCGGCUUGAGUUGGAACUGAAGGAUGAAAAGAACGCAGCGCUUCAGCAUGAACUGGACGAAAUGGCGUUCGGUGGUGGUACGGAGGAAGAGAUUGCCCAGCUAAAGCGUCAGAAGAUGGAGCUUGAUCGGCGUUGUAAGGAGCAGGACGAUGAGCUGGAUGAGAUGGCCGGCCAGAUACAGUUGCUGGAGCAGGCGAAGCUUCGAUUGGAAAUGUCGCUUGAAACGAGCCGCAAGGAGUCACGCAAAGAAGCACAGCAGCGGGAUGAUGAGAUGGAAGAGAUCCGUGGCGCUUCGUACAAGAAGAUAAAAUCAUUGGAAUGUCAGCUGGAGCAGGAGCACGAGGAGCGCACGCAGCUGCUUCGUGACAAGCACGAGCUGGAACGCAAGCUGGCCAGUCUGGAGGAUCAGGAUCGUGCCGAACGGGCGGCCGAAGAAGCGAUGGUGCAACGGUUAAAGCGUGAUGCUCGCAAAUAUCGUGCCCUGCUGCGAGACGCCCAAAGUCAGCUGGAUCGUGCGAAGGGUGACUCGGCAAGCAAAGCGCUUGUUCGACAGUUGCGCAACCAGCUGGAAGAUGCGGAAUCCGCGAGGGUAGGUGCACUGAAGGCACGGCAAGUGCUAGAAGGCGAGCUGCAGGAUGCACAAAUGUUGCUCGAGGAAACGCAACGGGCGCGCAACGAGGCGGAAGAUAAGGCCACGAUGGCACAGCGCGAUCGGACGGAGCUGCAGGCGCAGAUCGAUGAAAACGAGGAGGAAAUGGCGGAGCUGAUGAAGAAGUACAGUGCCACGGUGAAGCAGCUGUCGAGCGAACAGUCGCUGAUAGCGGAGUACGAGCUGCGGGUAUCGGAGCUGGAGGGUGAGAAGAAGUCGCUCAAGGAGCAGGUCGUCGAGCUGGCGACCCGGCUUGAGAGUGUGGAAACCAUCGGCGAACCGUCGAACAGUAUGGCGUUCAAGCGGCUGGAGCUGCGCACCAAAGAGCUGGAUUCGCGUCUCGAGUUCGAGCAGGCGACCCGCGCCCGCAUCGAGAUACAGCUAAACCGGCACAAGGAUUCGUUGGAAAAGUUGCAGGGCGAGCUGAUGCAGGCGAGAAACCGUGAAUCGCAGGCACAGGACGCACUGAAAAAGGCGCAGAAGACGAUCCGCGAGCUGCGGGAUGAGCUAUCGACGCUUGCGAACCGCGAUCAGGAGGGACUGCUGAAGCGGAAGGAGCUCGAAAAACGCAUCGAAACGGCCGAAUCGGAGACGGCAUCGGCGAGAGCGGAUCUGCGGCUCGCACUACAACGAAUAGCCGAUCUGCAGCAGGCGAUGGAAGAAGAGGGAGACUCAUACCAAUCGGACAGCGAUACGAGCGAUAGUUCGUCGUCGAUGGAUUCAUUCCACGAGUCGACUGUAACACGCAAAUCACCGAGCGUCGGCAGCGGAGAUCAUUUCGGUACAACAAAUGGAGGCAGUAGCCGGGGAAGCAUCGGUAGUCUGGCCAGCAGUACGCGGGAUGGGCGUAAGGAAAGCAACAAUCCAAGAAUCACACUAACAAUGGCUACUGGUUCCGAAGGCAGUCAUCAGCCGGUAACGACAGCACCACCGAGCACGACAGCACCUGCAACAACGAGACUAAGCAACGGAAAUGGCGAAGGCACGUUGGACGAUUCGUCUUUCGCUUGAGGAGUUGUGGACCAGCUUUUGUGCGUGCAAUAGUAAUGGAUCCCUUUUCCCCGUAGUAAUCCUUAUGCCAUAUUAAACACAAAAAGAAGGAAACUUUAACCAUAUAUUUAUAUACACCACAUUAUGCAGCGCCAUUUUCCAAUUAUCCUGUUUGCUGUUCCGAUACUACACUUAUCUAACCUUUUAAAUCGAACAAAACCAAAUUUACUCAAUUCGAGACAAAACACUCGAUUUUCCUUCCGCCCCAAAAAAAAAACGGUAUGUAAUCGAUCGGAUUCAGCCAAGCGUUAGUCAGGACAGAAAACAACAAAAAACACAGAACGAACAAAAAAUUGUCUAUAUGCGUACAUAUUUAUAUACAUAUACAUUAUAAUGUGCUUAUAGUAUGGUAAAUGAUAAACCAAUCGAAUAAACUGUUCGUAUUUAUUCAUGCUUUUGAGGUAAUCCCCCACCCUUCCCGGGGGUUAAGGAGUUGAGGAAAACCUUUUUGCGCACGGACAGCAAAUUACGAUCGCACACACGCAACUACACAACUCCUUUUUUGUACCGUGUGUGUGUGUGGCUGUGUGGCUGUGUGUUGUUAGGGUUUUAUUACCAUUUUUUUUCUUUCUUCCAAAAAAGCAUAUCGUAGGUAGAGACUUCUUUUUUCUUAUGUCGUUUUAUAGGAGUGUAUUAAAUGUUUCACCUUUUUUUUCUCCUUUCCGUAACGUGUAACGUGUUGAAUUUAGCGGCUACAUAGUAUUAGCACGCGGUGGACUUGAUUAAUGAGAGUAGAAGAAUGAUUUAAGCACGAACAAAUGUAAUCGAACAAAUUUUAAACGGAAUAUGUACUAUGUGCUAUGGGAAGGCAGUGGAAGGAAGGAAACAAAAACGGAAUGGUCGUCACGCGUUGACGAGGAGCAUAUCUCCUAAAACUCACAAAUGUGUUUAUUCACUGUUGUCUUGCUACUUACUUAAAUUAGGUUAAAUGUAGCUUUUAUUUGGAUGGGAAUGUCCGUUUUGGGUGUAGGUACCUUUAGGCGACUUUCAGUGAAUGUCCCGCGUGAAGGAAUUGUGCGCAACCCGUGAAAGAAGUUGUUGGGAGCAGGACGCCUUUUAUUGUGCGCCGUUACAAUACCGGUAAAGCACAGUCGGCUAAGCAUAUAUGAUAGAGGAACACGUAUUCAGGUGUUUGCAAAAGUAAAUUUAACUAUCUUUGAUACUAUUAUAUCUCGAUGAUAAUAAACACCGACGAGUAAGAAGUACACAUAACCUCUCCCGCUCUAUCUCUCUUUAGCCCAUCGUAGUCAAAAAAACGGCAAUUUUUAUCCUUAUUUUUAUCGCAAUUUAUUAUUAUUUAUCGAAUUGUUAUAAUAAAAAAAUACUCCAAAAUAUUA